ACACACGCACACACACACACGCGCGCCCAUGUCUUCCGACUCCGACAGCGAUCUCCUGUCGGACUUCUCCCUCUCCGACCUGGAGGACACCGACGAUGGACCCAAUCCCGCCCCGGGGUCAGCAUUGACCGCUCCGAUGACCGCUCUCCGGGUCCCAGUCACCACACUCACCACCGCGUCGGCCGGCGCCCCGGGGCCCGGAGGGUCGCACGCCGCCUCGGCCGGCCGGCCCUCGGCCGUCGCCCGCGGGCCUGUCCCCGCCUCUGGCGCCGGUCCUGGGAGGAGACCCCCCGGCCCUCGGCUGACCGUGGCCGAGAUGACACAGUUCCCGCUGCCCGGCGGGCCGCAGGUGGUCUCCGGUGGCUCGCAAACGCCCUCCCGUGUGAAGGUGGCCCUGGCCCCGGGCCACGGCCCGGGGGACUGGCUGCGCCUUAAGCGCUCGGGUCAUCCCUCCCUGAGGUCCGGCCAGCCGCGCCCGCGCCGCAUCAACCCCAGCGAGCUGCGGCAGCAUGGGGAUAUCUAUGCGCCGGUCGGUGCGCCGGACCCCUGGAUGGCCAUCCGCGGCAAGGUGUACAACAUCCGCCAGUACGCCAACUUCCACCCCGGCGGCGCGGAGGUUCUCCAGCCCGGGUGUGGCAAGGACGCCACGGCCCUCUUCGACAAGACCCAUGCUUGGGUGAACUUCGAAUUCCUCCUGCAGGAGUGUCUGGUGGGGUUCCUUGUGCCGGAGGGCUCCGGCGAGCCGCCCUUCUAGGGCGGCCGGCGCGAGAAGGACGCCUGGCAUUGCUUUUUGGGGCUUGGCACGCGCGCGCGCGCGCGCGUGCCUCCAGGGACAUGCGCCGGCCGGUGGCGAUCAGAGCAAGAGCAUGCGCCGGAAACGCACACACCGCGCGAUCUCUGUGUCGCGCGGUCUGGCAAAUAAUGUACAAUAUAUAGACAAAUAAUUAGCGCCAAA